AUAUUAUGUAAAUAAGGAGUUUGUGUUGAUAACAUUAAUGCCAGACAUCUUGGACAGUGUAUGAGUUGUGACUGCGUCUACAGACUCCACCAUGACUUCAUCGUAUUCAGAGCUGCGGGGUUUGUACCACCUCAGGGAAACCAUUGGUUCAGGUGGAUUUGCUAAAGUGAAAUUAGCCUAUCAUGCCUUGACUGGAGAAAAGGUUGCCAUCAAGAUCAUGGAUAAAAAAUCUCUGGGGGAAGAUUUACCUCGUGUUAAGACAGAGAUUGAAGCUAUGAAAGUCCUGUGUCACCAACACAUAUGUAAAUUAUUCCAAGUCAUAGAAACAGACACAAAAUUCUUCAUGGUCUUAGAGUACUGCCCUGAAGGAGAACUUUUUGACUACAUUGUAUCAAAGGAUCGCUUGGAAGAAGACGAAGCCCGAAUAUUUUUCCGUCAGAUUGUGUCUGCUGUUGGCUACAUUCACAGCCAGGGUUAUGCUCACCGAGAUUUAAAGCCGGAGAAUUUGCUUUUGGAUGAAGAUCAGAAUCUGAAAUUAAUUGAUUUCGGUUUGUGCGCCAAGCCGAAGGGAGGUAUGGAGAAUCACCUGUACACUUGUUGUGGCAGUCCAGCUUAUGCAGCCCCUGAGUUAGUGUCAGGAAAAGAGUAUCUUGGAUCUGAGGCAGAUCUUUGGAGUAUGGGAAUCCUGUUGUAUGCACUUCUUUGUGGUUAUCUCCCCUUUGAUGAUGAAAAAAUACCACAGCUAUACAGAAAAAUACAGAGUGGGAAAUAUGACUCGCCGUCCUGGUUGUCCGAGGAGAGUAAGGACCUGAUAGCUAUGAUGCUGAAGGUGGACCCCAAGAGAAGGAUCACUAUACAGCAGCUUAUUACACACCCCUGGCUGACCAAGAGCUUCAAUAUACCUGUUGAAUGGCAGAGUAAAUACAAAAGAAAAUUAUUGGAUGAUGACUGUAUUACAGAACUGGCAGUCCACUACGGUAAAACAAAGAAAGAGAUGGAAAAUACUGUAUCAGAGUGGAAAUAUGAUUACCUGACUGCUACCUACUUCCUCUUGUUUGAGAAGAAACUGAAGGGUCGGCCUGUUCGCCUCUUCCAAAAGAACAGAUCCCAGUCAUAUGAGGACACACCGGCUGGCAACAGGAACAGAGCCAGAAGUCUGAGUGCAGAUCCCAACAAUCACAUCGAAGCAUCACCACGAAUGGCCUUGACCCCCAAAGACAAACAAAGCCACCAACAGAACUGUGAUCUAGGUCCUAGGCCAACACCUUACGGUUGUGAAGAGAGAGGACGACCACGUGCUAGAGAACGCCUUACGUUUGGGGCAAAGGAUGAGGAUAAGGAAAAUUCUCCAAUGGAGGAUAAUAAAAACUUCCUUGUCCCUCAAACCCCUAGUUACAGGACACCUAAACCCAAGUCUGUGAUAAAGACCCCUAAAGAGAUCAUUCUGGAACCUCCUCCGAAGCCAAGGUCACCGCUGAUGGCCAAGCAACUCCCCACAACUAUAGACGAUUCAUUAUGUACACCUGGAAAGAAAUCGGAUUUGUCUUACCUGAACUCCACACUUUCUCCGUCUCGGUCCUAUGAUUCUCAACUCAAUAAUCUGCCCAAGGAUGAACCACUAAGCGCAAGCAAAAAACAUGUGGAUAACUAUAACAGGGCUGCAUCAGUGGAUGAGGGUUUACAACGAGGGGAGCCAGAAACACCAGGCUCAGCUACGAAGACAAGAAAGGGCUCUGUGUUCGGAAGUCUGGAGAGAGUGUUUAAUAUGCUGACGCCUAAGAAACAAAGAGGGUCUACUGGGGAGGGACCAAGGAAAGUAAAGGCUUUACACAAUGUAUACAGAACAAGUGAAUUUAGCCCAGAUUUGGUGAUGUCACGGCUUAAAGGCGUCAUCGAAAAGAAAUUCAUACCUUACAAGCAGAGCGAUUACACCCUGCGGUGUACAGUGACCGAUGACUGGGGCAAAGUCAAGCUGGCAUUUGACAUGGAGGUGUGUGCCAUUCCAAAGAUGCCCUAUAUAGGAGUCUGUCGCAAGAGGGUUAAGGGAGACACAUGGCAUUACAAAAAACUGUGUGAAGAUAUCUUGGCUUCCACAAGACUCACAUAAGCUAGAUGCUACUCUCCUUAAGGACGUUUGACCUAUAGCCACCGAGACGCCAUCUUCCGCAAAGAUGAUUGACCUAGAUCCACCCAGAUGCCACUCUCCACGAAUAGGAUUGACCUGGAUCCAGUUCUUUAAGGCAUUCACAGGACAUAACCAUAGACACUGAUGGCCAUGAAGAUGGUUAACAUAGAUCCAGAGACUUUUCAAAGCAUGACAAGGAGCGAUGAUCGGCCUGGUGCUUAUUAAUUCAGGGCCAACGUCAGCUAUUUGUGAUAUACAUACCUUAACAAAAAGGUGUCUGUACUAGUAUAUAUAUAUAUAAAGGAUUGUUCAACAGGU